AUGGAGACCCCGGCAGCGGAGCAGCAGCAGCAGCAGCAGCAGUGCUACGAAGACGUGCAGAAAAGCGGCUACCUCCGCAAGCACAAAUCUAUGCACCGGCGGUUUUUCGUGUUAAGGACGGCAUCCGAGAACGGCCCCGCUCGACUGGAGUACUACGAGAACGAGAAGAAAUUCCGUAGUAAAUCGCCCGUCCCCAAAAAAUCCCUCAACCUGGAGACGUGCUUCAACAUCAACAAGCGGGCGGACUCCAAGAACAAACACAUGAUCGUCCUGUACACCCGCAGCGAGAGCUUCGCCAUCGCUGCGGACAGCGAGGAGGUGCAGAACGAGUGGUACCAGGCUAUGAUGGACCUCCAGUGCAACUGCAGAACUCCUGAUGACUGGGGCAGUAGUGGAGAGUGUAGUUCUCCCUCUCCUGUUCCAAACUUUAAGGAAGUGUGGCAAGUUAAAGUGUGGCCCAAAGGCCUCGGACAUGCCAGGAACUUGGUGGGCAUCUACCGGCUGUGCCUAACUGACAAGACAGUCAACUUUGUCAAACUCAACUCUGAUGUGGCAGCUGUGGUACUGCAGCUGAUGAAUGUUCGCAGGUGUGGCCAUUCAGAGAAUUUCUUCUUCAUCGAGGUGGGUCGCUCAGCAAUUACGGGCCCCGGAGAGUUUUGGAUGCAGGUGGAUGACUCUGUUGUUGCGCAGAAUAUGCAUGAGACCCUGCUAGAGGCUAUGAAAGCCCUGAGUGAGGAGUUUCGUCAACGCAGCAAAUCCCAGUCCGUCGGAACCUCAUGUGGAGGUGGCACCGCCUCCAACCCCAUCAGUGUUCCCAGCCGUCGUCAUCAUCCAAACCUUCCUCCAAGCCAGGUGGGCUUCUCGAGACGAGCACGGACCGAGACCCCUGGAACAGGAGGAAACAGCACCAGCACUUCACCCACGUCACGCCAUGGCUUCCCAAGGGCACGAACUGCUAGCAUUGGCGCCAGGUCGGAGGAGGGGGGAGCGUGUGGCAAAGGGACAUGGGCCAGCUCCAGCCCCAGCCUUAAUGGUUCCUGCUCUACAACACCCACACUGAGGCCCAAGCCCACCAGAGCUCCAACUCCUGCUAAGAUUACUCUCAGCCUAGCACGUUACACACCAAACCCUGCACCCUCUCCAGCUCCAAGCCUGUCCUCCAGUUCCGGUCAUGGCUCAGAGUGCGGACUAGUUGGGGUGGCUGUGGGAGGUAUGUCAAUCUGCUCCUACCCUCGUGUUUCUCAGAGAGUCUCUGUCUCGGGUUCCCCCAGCGACUACGGCUCCUCAGAUGAGUGCGGCUCCAGUCCUGGAGAACAUUCCCUACUGGUCCCCAGUCUACCUGGAGGAUCCCAUGGGGUGACAGGACAUCACGCACCCGGGGAGGGUCCCCCCAGCUAUAUAGUCAUGGGGCAACGAGAGAGUCUACUUGGUUCCCACCAGCGUUCCAAAGGCCGACGGAUGCUGCGACGUUCUUCCAGUAGGGAAUGUGAAGCAGAACGCAGACUGUUCAGCAAGAGGGCCUCUCUGCCCUUGGCAGCCCAUGACCGCCUUACUCUGCACAAGAAAGAUGAAGAGGACGAUGAUGAUGAAGAAUAUACAGUUAUGUCUCGGAGCACUCAAAGAGAGACGACUGAUCUGCAUCAUGGCUCGGAGGGUGUGGCAAUGGGGGGCGAGCAGCAUGAUGUGGCAGGGGAAAGUAGGAAGAGGGCUGAGUGCAGCAGGGCGGAGGUGGAGGUAGUGGUGCCUGUUGAUACUGGCUAUAUGUCAAUGCUGCCCGGAGUGACCUCUCCUCCUGUUUCACUCUCUCUCUCGGUAGGUAUGUCCGAUGCCAGUCCUAAACCUGGGACUGAUGAUGAGUACAUGGCCAUGACCCCCAACAACAGUGUGUCACCCCCCCAGUCCAUCCACCAGCCCACCUCAGAGGGAUACAUGGUCAUGUCUCCUAAUAGCAGCUGUUCCACAGACCUACACGGCCUGGUCAUGUGGGAUAGCAGGGCCAGCAUGGAGAGCCGGGCUGCCAGUGACUACAUGAACAUCUCCCCUGUCAGUAGUCGCUCUGCCUGCAGCACACCCCCCUCCCACACCGAGCAACACCAGUUGCAGCCAAAAAUGGUUAACUCCUACUUCUCCUUGCCACGGGCUUAUCAACACACCCUCUACACCCGUUUCGAGGAGGAUUUAAACAAAGGCAAAGAGAAAGAGGAUAGCAGCUGCCAUGAUAGUGCUGGAAAGGGAGGGGGAGCAGGAUACAACAGGAGAAAAAAACUCACGGUGGGCCCUGCAGGAGGCUGUCAACUCUCUCUGUCCUCCUCUUCAUUCUCCUCCAGCUCAGCCAGCAGUGAAAGCCUGGAAGACAAAUCCAGUUCAGCAGCAGCAGGGAGAGGGUUAAGUUUAUUAAGGACCGGAGCAGACUGUAGGAGUGGAGCAAUGUGCAGCAAAGAUGGCCGCCACCAUCCAAAACGUGCAUCAAAAAGCCCACAGCAACAAAGAAGGGGCCGCCCCCUCAGUGUGUCUACAGACAUGUCCAAAGCCAACACCUUGCCCAGGGUGAAGGAGAAUCUACUGCCGUCAGUAUCUCAAAAUGUUGACGAGUACGUCAGUAUUGUGUUCAAGGAAGACUGUGAGUACAGUAGAGGAAGACAGUUGGGGUCAAAACAUGGACAGCGUGCAGGUCAUGGUGCUCUAAGGCCCUUGCACCAGCUAGGCCUUUGCCAUGAUAGCCCAGCCAACCUUCCACGCAGUUUCUCUGCACCACUCUCCACCUCUUCUGAAUAUGUCAGUAUGGACAUAAGGAAGUCCUCAUCCCCUCUAACUCCUGUUAGAUCCAAAUUUAGAGCCCCACAGCGACAGGGUCCACCUGCUGUUGUCUCUAAAGCAAAAGAUGAACACAGCAGGUCUGAGGGCAACACAGGGUACAGAACAAACAUAACAAUGGCUGCUGCAGUACCAGCAGACAUCCCAAUCCCAUUUACAGACAACACAGACAUGGCCUUUAACAAAGAUUCAGAUCCCUCCCCUCAGUGUUCUAACAUUACAGCCAGACCUGCCAUCCAUUCAGGCAAACCCUUAACUAUGGAACAAGAACCAAGAUUAGGCUUCUCACCGGCCAAGUCCUUUUCAUCCCCUGACCGGAGUAGCAGACUGGUCAGAGGCGACCCACAGGGUCGACGGUGCCACUGUCCAGACACAUUCAUUUCACCCGCCACUUUACCACACCACUCAUCCUCCUCUACCUCCCUCUUCCCAGAGGGCAACCAGGCAGCGAACCAUCGACAUGGUUUGGACUGCUCACUGUGGGAGAAUGGACAGGCAGCCAUGCCUGCCUCACCUCCGCCGCAUGCCUCCUCCUCAUCCUCUGAACAAGGCCUUAACUACAUUGACCUUGACUUGGCUAUUAAGGAGAACCCCCAAGCAGGAGGGGAGCGUACCUCCGCCACCUUUAACAUUGCAGGAGCUGGUUUGGGUAGCAGUGCUGGCUCCAUUCUGAACACCUAUGCCAGUAUUGAUUUCUAUAAGUCAGAAGAACUGAGAGCACACCAGAGCACUAGAAAAGAUGGUCAAGGUAAGAGCAAGUAUAAUUAUAAAGAUAUCAUGAAAAGAAGGGUACCAUAA